AUGGCUUCCCAUGGAGCUUUGCCACAGACUCUCAAGUCAAUCACUACCACAAAGCUCAAGGAGCUCUCAAAACAGCGCGCUCUCUUUGAUCGGCGCAAAGCCGAGAUCCUUGCAGCUGCCAAUGCAACACAGGACCUGCGCAGUCGCGCCCAAGUUUUGCUAGAUGGAAUCUCAAGCCUGAAGGGGUACCCCGAAGAUUCUCUCGACGAAGAUGAUACGGACCUAGACAGUGGGUCCGGGGACGAGGAUUCCGAGGACGAGUCCACCGCACCGGGAGCGGGGCGUUUGCGGCGAGAAGAUCAUGCAAACAUUCGCCGCUUCUUGCUGCAGAGUCGCUACGACUCUUCCAUCUCACAAUCAGCUCUACAGGGACGAGUUUCUCAACUUGAAAAAGAGUUGCGGUACCUCGAAAUCAGGCAUGAGCAUGGCGCAUUUUACAGCAACUUGGUCACGGAGUGGCUGUCGGAGUUGGAUGAGCUCAAUUCUGCUACUGCAGAUGAGUCCAAUGGAACCAAAUCCCCUACUUCUGGAUCAAGUUUUGAACCCGUUGGCCGAACAGAAAUGCAUGAACAGCGGGCAACUUGGGAGUCCCUGGUUUUCGGUUCUGCCACCCAAGUCGAUGAGGACGCUAUCCAGUCCUACCUCUCAAAUCUGUUCAACAAGAAUAAACUCUCUCGGCAAGCCCUCAAAGAACUCAAAUCAAGCAUUCAGUCCUUUGGCGCAGAGCUAGUGUCCAAGGGAUCAUGGCUCGAUGUCGACAGCCUCAAAUGGGUCUCCGAAGCACUUCUGAAGACCGACCUACUCAAUGAACAAAAGACUGCCAUUUUGAAAGAAUUCAUGCGAAACAAAGAGGUAGCCCAGGAAGUGGCUGAUGUACUCAAUAUGCGCAUUGCCUCACUUGAGAGCUGGUCCUGGACCACAGACGGGGCAGGUAUUCCCGUUGAUAUGCGCCGCCAGCUCAAUGGUAAAUACCGAGUUUUCAUGGAUGAAGAUCUGCUGGAUGCGCUUCUACUCCAGUAUAUUGGAACGACAUGGGCUGUGAAGCUAAGGAAAGUGUUCGAGGCCUUCUUGCAAUCUCAUGCUUGGAGCACUUUGCGCGAGGAUGUCCCGGAAGAUUACAUCAAUCAUCGCAAGCACUGCGUUGGGUUGAAUGGCACUUCAUCUACUGGAAAGAUAAACGAUCUGCGAAAGCAAACAUACGUUGAUGAAUACUUCAUGAGCCAGUUGCCUGUUUCCGAGGAUGAAGGCGCACGGGAAUACGACGACGAGGGCACCGAGUCAAAGACUGCCUUGGACACAAAACACUCCCUUCUCCACCUCUUGAUCACAGAGUCUAUCAUCCACAAACAUCAACGAGGAGAGUUUACAGCUGUUCGCUCGGAUUUCGAGUGGUUUGGCCCUUCCAUCCCCCACGCUACUUUGUUGACUGUACUGGAGUUUUUCGGGGCUUCCAAGCUUUGGCUCAACUUUUUCAAAGUAUUCCUGGAGGCUCCAAUCAGAUUUUCCUCGGAUGGACCAGACGGAUCUGUUCGUACCCGCAAGCGCGGCGUCCCAAUGAGUCACACCCUCAGCGAAUGCCUCGGAGAGUCUGUUCUCUUCUGCAUGGAUUAUGCGGUCAAUCAAAAGACAGAAGGCGCUUUCCUUUAUCGACUCCAUGAUGACUUCUGGUUCUGGGGUGCAGAGCAAACUUGUGCCAAGGCAUGGGAAGCGAUGGAACAGUACGCUCAAGUGAUGGGCCUCAAGUUCAACCAGGAAAAAACCGGCACGGUACGUAUGGGCAAGGUCAACAAGGAUUCGGCUUCUAGUCUUCCUUCUGGUGAUAUUCGGUGGGGCUUCCUUAUUCUUGAUGCUUCACAAGAGCGAUUUAUCAUCGAUCAGGCUCAAGUUGACCAGCACAUCGAAGAACUCUCUCAUCAACUUUCGUCCUGCAAGAGUGUGUUUGCCUGGGUACAGGCAUGGAACAGUUACUUUGGCCGGUUCUUUACCAACAAUUUUGCCAAGCCAGCCGUUUGCUUCGGUCGCGCCCAUAUUGACAUGGCUAUCUCCACGCUCAACCGUAUUGAAAGCACACUAUUCAAUAAGAGCGAAGGUACCACUCCAGCCCAGCAAGUCAGUGGUGUUACUGAGUAUCUUCGCACCGUCAUUGCCAAGCGCUUUGACAUCAACAAUCUCCCAGAUGGCUUCUUCUACUAUCCCGUCGAGCUGGGCGGCCUCGGUCUUCUCAAUCCUUUCAUCAGACUGCUCGCCAUGCGUGAGAACAUCAAACAGACUCCCCGGAAGUUACUGCACAAAGCCUCUGUGAAAGAAGAAGUGGCAUACGAGGCAGCCAAGAAGAAAUUCGAGCAGAACGGUAGCUCACUGGAUGGCGCAGACUACAAGCCCAAGAAGUUCAUGUCCCUCGAAGAGUACACCCAGUACCCCGAAACGUUCAGUGCCCCCCUUCUGUGGGCCUACAAGCAGCUCAACGAAGUACCAGAGGAGAAGAACGUGGCAUGUACCCCAGGUUUCGACAGGGAGCAAAAGUCUCUCGGGACCAAUUUUGCAGAACCAGGACCUAUUAACAAUCUUUGGUUUACGAUGACUCCUUACUGGCGCUGGGUGGCGGAGCUGUAUUACGAAGAGAUGGUCCGGACCUAUGGUACUCUGGCUGCAGUCAAUCGCGAGUCCAUACCCCUUGGUGUUGUGAAGACCUUGCGGGAGGAGCGGUUCAGGUGGCAGGGUUGA